GGGACAAACCUGACAGUGCCUGGUCAGGCGGUGGCGGCUUGGUGUGCCUCCAGAGCCUUGGCGGGUCUUUGUCUCCCCUCCCCCAGGGAAGCCAGGAGGCAGCUGGGGGCGGGGCUGCUCAGGCCUCUUCCCCAGAGUCAGGCGCACACCGAGGACGUCUCCCCCCUUGGGCUGCCACCCCCUGAAGCACCCCAGGGUGGCCCCGCAGAGAGCCCGCUGCCAGAGCAAUGGCCCCCAGGACCACGAGGCCCCCCUCCCAGGGAUCAAUAACAGUCAAGGAUGUAACUGUGGACUUCACGCAGGAAGAAUGGGCCCUGUUGGACCAUUCUCAGCAACAGCUAUACCUGGAGGUCAUGCUGGAGAAUGUGCAGAAUCUACUCUCUGUGGGGCUUCUAGUUCCUAGAGAAAAUGUUAUCUCCUGUUUUCAGCAAGGGGAAGCACCAUGUCUGCUAGAGCAAGAUUGUCCAAGGAGCUCCUGUCCAGAGGCAAAGACUUGUUUUGAAGUGAAGGAGAUGUUUGAAAAAUUGAGCCAUUGUGUUGAAGUAUGUGGUCCUCAAAGAUUCAUGACUGAGGUUCCCUGUGACUUCAUUUUGAGAGAAAUCUGUGACUCCAAUAUGAAGGUAAAUAAAAAUCCAAAGGGUGACUGUGAAAUUGAUGAAACUGCAGAGAAAUUCAGCCAAUAUUCAGUGCCAAAUCGGUAUACAAAAUUGACCUCGGAGGAUGAGUGUUCUCAGGAUAGCAAAUCCAGCAAAUGCUUUCCUGAAGAAGGUCUUAUUCAGUCCUCUGGAAAAUCUCCUGAAAUGCCCAUGUAUAAAGACAACCUAGGGAGAAUGGGCUUUGGCUGGCAUUUAGAACUCAUUAAACAUCCAAAAAGUAAAUAUGUAAGGAUGGUUUGUGUGAGUAAUAAAGGUAGGAGACCUUCCAGUCAGAACUCUGAGAGUGCUGUACAUCAAAUAAUCCACUGCGGAGAGAAACCUCAUGAAUGUAAGCAAUGUGGAAAGAUUUUUACCGAGAGGGAUCAUCUUGCUUCUCAUCAGAGAAUCCACACUGUAGAAAAACCUUAUGAAUGUAAACAAUGUGGAAACUCUUUCACAGAGAUGGGCUCUCUUAUAGAACAUCAGAGAAUCCACACUGGAGAAAAACCCCAUGAAUGUAAAGAUGGUGGAAAGACUUUCAGACAGAGGAACAGUCUUGUUGCAUGUCAGAGUUUCCAUGCUGGAGAGAAACCUUAUGAACGUAAACAGUGUGAAAAAGCUUUCACAGAUAGUUCCCAGCUCGGUAGACAUCAGAGAAUCCACAGUGGAGGGAAACCUUAUGAAUGUAAACAGUGUGGAAAGACUCUCACAGAGAGGCGCUCUCUUGUUGCGCAUCAGAGAAUCCACACUGGAGAGAAACCUUAUGAAUGUGAACAAUGUGGAAAAGCUUUCACACAUAGGGACUCUUUUACUAAACAUCAGAGAAUCCACACUGGAGAGAAACCUUAUGAAUGUAAACACUGUGGAAAGACUUUUACAGAGAGGCGCUCUCUUGUUACACAUCAGAGAAUCCACACGGGUGAAAAACCAUAUAAAUGUAAUCACUGUGGAAAAGCUUUCAGACAAAGGAUCCAUCUUGCUACACAUCAGAGGAUCCACACUGGAGAGAAACCUUAUGAAUGUAAACACUGUGGAAAGACUUUCACAUAUAGGAACUCUUUUACUAAACAUCAGAGAAUCCACACUGGAGAGAAACCUUAUGAAUGUAAACAGUGUGGAAAAGCUUUCAGAGAUAGUUCCCAUCUCGUUAGACAUCAGAGAAUCCACACUGGAGAGAAAACUUAUGAAUGUAAACAUUGUGGAAAGACUUUAACAUCGAGUCGCUCUCUUGUUGCACAUCAGAGAAUCCACACUGGUGAAAAACCAUAUAAAUGUAAUCACUGUGGAAAAGCUUUCAGACAAAAGAAUAAUCUUACUAGACAUCAGAGAAUCUACAGUGGAGAGAAACCAUAUGAAUAUAAACAGUGUGGAAAGACUCUCACAGAGAGGUGCUCUCUUCUUGAGCACCAGGGAAUCCACACUGGAGUGAAACCUUAUGAAUGUGAACAAUGUGGAAAAGCUUUCACACAUAGGGACUCUUUUACUAAACAUCAGAGAAUCCACACUGGAGAGAAACCUUAUGAAUGUAAACACUGUGGAAAGGCUUUUACAUCGAAGCGCACUAUUGUUGCACAUCAGAGAAUCCACACUGGCGAAAAACCAUAUGAAUGUAAUCACUGUGGAAAAGCUUUCAGACAAAGGAUCCAUCUUGCUAUACAUCAGAGAAUCCACACUGGAGAGAAAACUUAUGAAUGUAAACACUGUGGAAAGACUUUAACAUCGAGUCGCUCUCUUGUUGCACAUCAGAGAAUCCACACGGGUGAAAAACCAUAUAAAUGUAAUCACUGUGGAAAAGCUUUCAGACGAAAGAACAAUUUUACUAGACAUCAGAGAAUCCACAGUGGAGAGAAACCUUAUGAAUGUAAACAGUGUGGAAAGACUCUCACAGAAAAGCGCUCUCUUCUUGAGCACCAGAGAAUCCACACUGGAGUGAAACCUUAUGAAUGUGAACAAUGUGGAAAAGCUUUCACACAUAGGGACUCUUUUACUAAACAUCAGAGAAUCCACACUGGAGAGAAAACUUAUGAAUGUAAACACUGUGGAAAGGCUUUUACAUCGAAGCGCACUAUUGUUGCACAUCAGAGAAUCCACACUGGCGAAAAACCAUAUGAAUGUAAUCACUGUGGAAAAGCUUUCAGACAAAGGAUCCAUCUUGCUAUACAUCAGAGAACCCACACUGGAGAGAAACCUUAUGAAUGUAAACAGUGUGGAAAGGCUUUCUCACAUCGGAACUCUUUUACUAAACAUCAGAGAAUCCACACUGGCGAGAAACCUUAUGAAUGUAAACAGUGUGGAAAAGCUUUUACAGAUAAUUUCCAGCUCGGUAGACAUCAGAAAAUCCACACUAGAGAGAAACCUUAAGAGUGUAAACAGUGUGGAAAGACUCUCACAGACAGGCACGCUCUUGUUGCGCAUUAGAGAAACCACACUGGAGAGAAACCUCAUGAAUGUAAACAAUGUGGAAAGGCUUUCACACAUAGGAACUCUUUUUCUAAACAUCAGAGAAUCCACAUAGGAGAGAAACCUUAUGAAUGUAAACUGUGGAAAAGCUUUCACAGAUAGUUUCCAGCUCGUUAGACAUCAGUGAAUCCACACUGGAGAGAAAACUUAGGAAUGUAAACUGUGUGGAAAGACUUACACAGAGAUGCUCUUUCUUGUUGCACAUCAGGGAUUACAUGCUGGAGAGAAACGUUAUGAAUGUAAACACUGUGGAAAGAUUUUAACAUCGAGGCGUUCUCUUGUUGCACAUCAGAGAAUCCACACUGGGGAAAAAAACAUAUAAAUGUAGUCACUGUGGAAAAGCUUUCAGACGAAGGAGCAAUCUUGCUACACAUCAGAGAAUCCACACUGGAGAGAAACCUUAAGAAUUUAAACAGUAUGGAAAGGCUUUCACACAGAGAAAUUCUUUUACUAAACAUCAGAGAUUCCACACUGGAGAGAAACCUUAUGAAUGUAAACCGUGGAAAAGCUUUCACAGAUAGUUUCCACCUCAUUAGACAUCAGAGUAUCCAAACUAGAGAGAAACCUUAAGAAUGUAAACAGUGUGGAAAGACAUUAACAGAGAGGCUCUCUCUUGCUCAACAUCAGAGGAUUCACACUGGAGAGAAACAUUUUUGUGGGGAUUGAAAAAUUAGUGCUAUUCUCAAGAUAAUAGUUAUUAAUAAUUAAGUUAGUAAACCUGGUAUCCACUCUUUCUCCGCCUCCCUCAUCAAGCUCCCAUCAAGACAAGAUUACCCCACCCUCCAUCUUUCUCCCCGUAGGACAAAACUUUACAGCCUUUAAAUGAUUGGCCUUUUCUUAGACUCUCAUAUACUGUGAAUCUUAAAAUUUACUCAGACUGUACUUUAGAAGUUUUGGUUAAGCUAUUCCCCUCUUGUAACAAUGGAGAUACUUAAUCAGGAAUGUAUUGGGAACUUUUAAAAUUACUGCACCCUACUCAGACAGUGCCUUAGGGGAAAAUAGAGUUGUAAACUCCUAAUUGAACAAUGAAAGUCCCCAACUCAUACCUUAUACUAAAGCUGAAACCUUAAGCUAGGUGGUCUAUUUUUAGAUCUAAUACAAAAAGGUGUUAAGUACUGUAAAGGUUAAAUUAAUCAUAAAAAGGGCAAGUAACUUACAAAAGUCAAGCUUAACACAGAGGUGUGAAGUACUCAGAAGAUUUUAUCUAACCAGAGAAGGUGAAAACUAAAGAGUGGUGAAAACUAAGAAUGGGCAGUCCUGGAAAAAAAAAAGCAUCUACUGUCAUUAGUAGAGUUGAAAAUUUAAGGGAGGUGACAUAAGAGAAAAUUUCUUUCAAAGGAGAAGUCAGUUCAGGUAAUUCAGUUUUGCAUUGGAAUUCAGUUCAUGAUUGAGAUAUUCUGAACUCAGUUCAGGAGAUUCCGUGGAGGACUGGCGCUUACUUGGAGACGAUCUUGUGUUUAGUGAUAAAGACUGACUCGCUCUCCCUUAGGCUCAGGCCUUGGCUCCCUUUUUCUACUGCUUGGCUCAGCUUGAACCAGAGCAAUUUGAAUUCAUUCUCUCAUUCUCUCUCUCUCUCUCUCUCUCUCUCUCUCUCUCUCUCUCUCUCUCUCUCUCUCUCUCUCUCUCUCUCUCUCUCUCUCUCUCUCUCUCUCUCUCUCUCUCUCUCUCCCUCCCCCUCCCUCCCUCCCUCCCUUCCCCCCCCCCAAUAGUAGUUAAAGGGAUUGUACUUUGACAUUUUCUAAAUCCCCACAAAUUCUCCUAUUUACAUUUUGAAUGUAUAGAAUGUUGAAAGGAUUUUCCAUGAAAGGUAUCUCUUCCUGCACAUCAGAUCAUCCACAUUGUAGAGAAACUUUAUAACUGUCAUUAAUUUGGAUAGGCUUACACAUAAAGCUCCACAGUUGCUUCAUGUCAGAAAAUCUUUACUGGAGAGAGACCUCAUGAGUGAGACUGAUCUUCAAGUUGGCACUUUUAGCUUUUUUGACAUAAGAGGAUCCACACUAGAGAGAGCCUUUAGAAAUAUCAUGAGUAUGGAAAGGCCUUCGGGCUAAUCAUCUCUUAUUCCCAUUGAGAAUUCCCUUUGAGUUGGAUAGAAAUCUUAUUUCUGUCAUGAAUGAAGAAAGACAUUGAAUUGGAGAGUUCAGACCUUGUUCAGAGAAAAUGUCUUCUGCCCAGAUCAGUUCCAGAUGGAUAUCCUGUAGGAAGGCAAGCCAGAGAUCAUAUCUCUUAUAUCAUAUCAGAAGAUUCAUAGUGCAGAAAAACCUCAUGAAUCUACUGAAGUUUUAUGUUUUCCUCAGGAGGAGAGUGAUGGUGAUUAUUAAGGCAAAUGUCAAUUAUAAUAAGUCUGAAGGAUCACCCCAUAUCUAUUAGUUUGGGUAUUUUAGCAGAAAAGGAUAGUAACAAAAGUUGGAAAUGUGGGAAAACUGAGAUACUAAUGGAAUAUUGGAGGACUGGUGAACUGAUUCAACCCUUUUGUAGGGAGUAGUUUGGAACUAAGUUAAAUGGGCAUUAAGAAAUAAAAAGAAGAGGACAUAUAUACAUAUAUAUUUUAAAGAAACACUCAAAGCUGCUCUUUUUGUGGUGACGAAAGAAUUGAAAAGUAAGAGGGAGAUCAUCAGUUGGGAAUAACUGAGUAAAUGGUGGAAUGUGAUUGUGAUUGAAUACCAAUGUUUUAUAAUUAAUGAGGACAAGGAGGAGCUCAGAAAAACCUGGAAAGAUUUGAGAAAUGAUGCAGACUGAAUUUUGUGAUACCAUGAGAACAUUGCGCAUUGGAAUAAUUGGAGCAAAAUAAUUGUGAAUUGAGGUAUUCUUAACAAUACAAUGAUCACAAAUAAUUCCAAAGGACUCAUAAAAUUUCACCUCAUGGAGAAGAGUUGUAUCAUCAGUACUGACCAAUAUUCUUUCUGGAAUGAAGGUGUGUAAAGGGAAUGAUUACAGGAAAGGCUUCCCCUUGAGUUCAUACUUGACUAUACAUAGCUGGAGAUAAGCAUCAAUGUCCCUAGGGAAGGCACAAACUCAUAGACUAUCCCACAGAGGAGCAAAAAUUACUAAUGGUUAUUCUUCCUCACUAUUUUUUUUUUGGCAUUUAUCUAUUACAGUUAUUUUAGCCAUUCCCUUGUUAAUUGGCACUUACUUUUUUUCCUUUUUCCCUUCUGUCACGUAUAGAUCUUUACCAACGAAAUAAAAUAAGAGUGCAUAGGGAAGUUGUGGAAGGGUUGGGAACCUGGUCCCCACUGUUCAGUCCUUUCUCUCCAAGGACUCAGGCUCAUGAUGCAGUUGGUUGAUUUCUGGGUCUGAGCAGAAGUCCUACCCUUCCGAUGAAGUAAUGUAAGGGUUAAAGUAGGAGUUUUGACAAAAUAAAGGAGCAGCUUUUAAUAACAAGUUUUAAUGAGAACAUAGUAGAGUUAUAAGCUCAUUAUCCCUUUAAGCCAGAGAAAGAAAACUUCUAGCAGAUUUUAACAAUUAAUAAUGUAGUUUAAUUAAAAUAUAGACAGUAAAAGAAUAGAAUGAAUAUAGUAAAGGAGAGAAAUACAGGAAAGAGGGAGAGAAAGAAAAUUUUCUAAUGUCUAUACUAGUUAUCCUAUAAGUACCUAUAAUUACUACCUAAAACUACCUAUAUCUACCUAUAACUGCCACUAAUAACCACCCCACAAAGUUCCAACCCAAUCCAGCCCAAUCAAAACCAACCCAAUCAGUGUUUAAUCCAAUGCCAAUUAGGUCUGUCAAAGAAGGCUGGCCACCUCCCAACCCAGAAAAGGUCAAAAAGCCCUCUAAAGCCAAAAGGCCUUCUCAGGAAGUUCAGGUCCACCUUUAUAUUCCAUCAACUAAAAGCCAACCACCAAUCUAGCUCACUCUCAGCAGUCAAUUUCUCAGCAAUUGCCAGCCCUAACUGUUAGCAAUCCUUUCAUCUCCUUUUCCUACCUCCCUUCCUGUCUCAAUGUUUUCUACUUCCUUUCACUAUGGGCUGAUUAAUCCCUACAUAUGUAUUGUCUGCAGACCCCCAGGUCUCCCAUUAAAUAAAAAAAUAAUUUUUUUUGCAGGAAUAAUGGAGGAUUUGAGGUGUCCAAAUCCACCUUGUCUCUGAAAAUAUCAACUAAUGAUUACUUAGGGGAUAUCCUCAGAGGAAGCUGGAGCUUGUUUGAUCUCUCUCACUCUUUCUCCCCUUUUAUUUCUUCCUUAAUAUCUUCCCCCAUUGUAAAAAUAAACUACCAUGAAUUCCAUUUUCUUUUAGUAAUUCAUUUUGGGAUUUAGAAAUUAAAUUCCUCGUGACCAAUUAAAUAUUCAGUCCAACCAUGAAUUUAACAAUCUGGCUUCGGUUGUGACAGAAUACCCUCAAUCUUCUUAACUUUCCUAAACUUUUCCUUUACUGUUGUGACUAUCUCUAUGUCAGCUUUUAAUAUCUUGCUUUUAUCAGCUGUAGAGGUAAGGUCAAAUUUGUUUUUUUCCUCUCCUUAAAUUAAAUAGAACACAGCUGUUUUAAUCUCAGCAAUAGGGCCCUAAGGUCCUAUCUGGGGGAGCUGUUUCUAAAUCUCCUUUUCCUUAGGGAACAAACAACCCAAUUAGCUGAUCCUCACUGACAAUACUAACUGACUGGAGUGUUCUUAACUAGCUAUGAGAAAAAUCUGUCAAAAUUUUAGCCUUGUUUCCCUCUGCCCUUUCACCCCAGAAGAGUUAAUUGGAUUAAAACUUGAAAAGGGACCACACACACACACCUAAAAAAUGUGGUUAGAGCCAGUAUACAACUUAAUUAACAACUGGCUUUUCAGUAAAAUAACCAAAAUUGGACAAACAUUGUUCUUUGUCUAUUUCAUAAUCCCAGAAAAUGUAUGGCAGUGACUAUGCUUCUCACUGCUCCUGGUUGGGAUUUUAAUUGUUGGAGCUCUAAUAUUGUAUCUAUUAUUCUCUAAGAGAAACCUGGAAAAUACCAUACAUAAGCUAGAUAAUCAGAUAGGAGAAUUGUGUCAUUCUCCACUUGAAAAACCCAUUUCCCAGUCAUACCAACUAAUUAUUCCUUCUACUACUCAACAAAAUGCAGUACUAAAAGCUCAGCUUGAAUAUAACCCAAGUUGACUUGAAAUUGUGGAGGAGAGUUUGGGGGAUACGAUAGCUUUCAUAAAAAAAAUGAAAUGUAUUUAAUACCACCUCAGAGUAGGAGUGACUUAUCUCUUCAUACUUCCUCAUUAUCAGAAUCUCUGUCCCACCCUGCUCUACAAAAUAUAGUUCCUAUUUCGCAAACCAUCCCCUCCCAUACGCAAUUUACUCUUUCCUCUACUACCCAACUCACUCCUCCCCCCAUUUAUGCUGACUGUCCCACCCCCUCCACCCUAAUCCCCCAUCCUGACCAUUUUUCCUGCCCAACCCCCUCUACCGUGGUCCCACACCCCACCCAUGCAUCCUGCCCCGCCCCCUCUGCAUUCCCCCCCCCAACCCCUGCUCCUUCUUUUGCCCCUCCUUUCUACCCUGCCCAAUUCAUUUUCCAUACUGCUCCUACCUCUCAUCUUUUUGGCACCAUGGGCCUGCAACCUCUCCCCCUCAGCUUGCCCACUCCUUCCCCUUCUCUUACCUAGCCCAUUGAAAAUGGAGCAAGAAGCCUAGAGACAGAAACACAAGACAAUUCAGAUAGAAAUGUAUUCCCUUUAAGGGAAAUUCCAACUUUCAAUAAAAAUGGGAACUUGGUAUCUAUAAGACAACAUAGACCUUUCAGUCCUGAGGAUUUAAAUAAAUUCAAGGAAGACAUUCCAACAUUUGAUGAAGUCAAUAUUGAUUAUAAAAAGAUUGGAGAACAUAUUUAAAACUUUUGACCCCACUUGGAUAGAUGUUGAAAAUUUAUUAGAAAAAUUUCUGACAGAAAAAUAAAGUCAUCUCUUUGGCUAAUCAGAAACGAGGUAGGGGAGCAAAGUACUGGCCAAUGGAAAAUCCACAUUGGAACCCAAAUGUUGAACCAGAUUAUACAAAACUAAACCAGGCCAGAGAAGCAUUAUGGCAGCCAUGAGAGAGUGCUCUGAUAGACCAGACUCAUGGUCUAAAUUCAAAAGGACCAAAUAAAGUAAUAAAUGAGACUCCCUCCCACUUUAUGGACAGACUUUUUGAUGUGGGGAACACAUAGGUGGUGUUUAAUCUAACCAGAGAAAGAGACAUUAGACAAAUACAUAGACAAUUUGUUAAGAAUUGUUCAGUGGUAAAAGACUACUGUAAAACUAGCUGCCGGAACUGGGACUCUAUGGACCUUGAGGAAUUGAGGAGAGUAGCAGUCUACAUUUAUAAGGGCCAUACAAAAAGAUGGGAGGAAAAUAGUAAAUCAGUGGAAGACUUACAGAAAUAAGUUGAAAUGUUAAAAAGAAAAUUAAAAAUCAGGGAGAGACCAUACCUCCUGUGCAGGAAUGCACAGAUAAAUCAAUAACAUGCCUUUACUGUGGAAAAAGAGUCCAUGUAAUAAUGGUCUGUAAGAACUGGCUAUGGGAAAAAAGAAAGACAACUUUAGAAAUAAUAAUUAUAGAAAUAACUAUAAUAAUGAUAUUAGAAACCACAACUUUAGGAAUGAAAAUUCUAGAAAUAGAAAUUGGGAAAAUAACUCAGACCAAAUGUAAAAAUGGAGAGUUGAACUCUAGACUUCGUUCCUUAGAAGUCCUUGCUCACUUCCCAAAACACCUUGUAACCUCUCCUGGUCCAAGAGCUAGAUGGGGUAUUUAACCUGGUUGUAAAGGCUUCUAAGCCUCUAUCCUACUUCCACUUCAGAGCAUACAGGUAUUUUUAUCAUGUAGGUGAGGUUGAAUUGGGCCUCUUGGUCCACCUAGACACGUGCUUUCUUAUUUUGUAUUUUCUUUAUAUUUUAAUUCUCAAUAAACCUCUAAAAAUAUAAAACCUCUACCAGAAAGAAACUAAUUUCUACCUGCCUCAGUUUCCCCAAAUUUUAACUAUUACAGUUGCCCACAUGAGGUAGGAGCAUUGUUGCUCUGAUAGAGAACACAGGCAUUUUCUGAUCAACGAAUUACAAGGUAUGAAAUAACCUUUCUAAACAAUGAAAAUUUUACUCUAAAAUGCUGUACAACCCUUAAUCCUGCCACCUUGCUUCCAGAUUUGCCAACUUCAGGAGAACCAUUAAACAGUUGUGAAACACUAGUGUCCAUGGCAGAAAAGCCUCUGGAUGAUCUCUUGGACACUCCCUUAAAAAACUCAGAAAAAACUUAUCUUAUUUACUGAUGGUUCUUCUUUCAGGAGGGAUGGCAUACAAUACAGUGGAGCUGCUGUAGUCACAGAAUUUGCCACUGAGUGGUUAUCUUCGCUGCCCUCUAACAUUAGCGCUCAAGGGGAGGAACCCAUAGCUCUCAAACAUGCCUGUAUAAUUGCCAUGGGUAAAAAGGCAACAAUUUAUACAGAUUCUAAAUAUCCUUUUGCCAUUUAUCACUCAGUUGGAAUGCUAUGGCUCCAGAGAGGAUUUUUAACCUCAGCUGGAAAAUGUAUAGCUAAUGGAGUAAUUAUUAAUGAAGUCCUUUCUGCUCUUCAGGUACCUGAAGCCCUAGCUGUAGUUCAUUGCUCUGCCCAUACAGGUGGCACUGAUCCUGUCUCUAUGGGAAAUUACCAAGCAGAUGCUGCUGCAAAGCUAGCAGCCAUAGAAGGGCCUGAAUUACUUUUAACAUUAACAACCACUGAUGACUUAAAUUUACCACUUUCGUAUAAUGAAAAGGAAGUGGAAAAAUGGAAACAAAAAUUCAAAGCAAAACAGAUCAAUGGAGUAUGGGUGUCACCUGAAGGAAAACCCCUGCUCCCUAGAAGUUUCUAUCACUAAAUUUGCCAAUCUGUUCAUAAUAAUGGCCACUUUGGUGCCCAGGGCAUCGUGGACUCUGUUAGAAGAGUAUGGAUAGCCCCUGGUAUAACUACCACAGCCUCUAAAGUGUGUUCAGCUUGCUCUACCUGCAAGGCAUAUAAACAACAUGCCUUUUGUGGAAAAGUCUUUGGUGGGCUCCCUCUGGAUUACACACCUUUUGAGCACCUGUCCAUGCCAAAGGCUGGACAAUAUAAAUUUUGUCUGUUCAUAGUAAACCAACUGACCAGAUGGCCGGAAGCAUUUCCUGCGACCCAAGCCACAGCGGCUUUUGUUGCUAAGGUCCUUUUUAAAGAAAUUAUUCCUCGCUUUGGCCUGCCAGCACAUAUUGAUUCCGAUAGGGGAAGUUGUUUUACUGAUUCUGUUCUAAAUCAGACAUAUUCUUUCUUGGGGAUAACUCCCAAAUUCCAUGUUCCAUAUCAUCCCCAGAGUUCAGGCUAAGUUGAGGAUGAACAAAGAACUUAAAACCAUGAUUGGAAAAUUAUGCACUGAGACCCAUUUAAAAUGGCCUGAAAUUCUCCCUCUGGGCCUAUUUUAUCUUAGAAGCAGGCCUAGAGGAGACCUACACAUCUUACCAUUUGAAAUGCUUUUUGGACAUCCACCUAUACAGGCUAAGCCUUUCUCCCCGGCAUAUACAUCACUAUUAGUGGGAGAUACUACUAUUGCUUCCUAUAUACAGGAAUUACAGCACAAACUGUGAACUCCAUGAAUCUGGAGCUGCAGGACAAGCUGGAUCACUAGACUUCUCACUUCAUGACCUGAACCCAGGAGACAACGUGUAUAUAAAGAACUUCCAGCAUAGAGGAGCAACUCAGCCUUCCUGGGAAGGACCAUUCCAAAUAUUGUUAACUACUCCAACAUCUAUAAAGGUUGGAGAAAGGGACUCUUGGAUUCAUUGCUCACAUGUAAAGAGAGGAUCUUCUAUUGAGACUGAUUGACUGUAUCUUAUAUAUGCAUUGGAGAUAACUACCUAUUGACAAGUGGAACUGUUUUAUUUUAUUUCUAACACAUUGAAUUCCUGAAUUUAUUUUUUCUUUUUUCCUUUUUCUCUUUUCCUUAUUUUAUUAUUAUUUUUCUUUUAUUAAAAUGUUUUAUUUUUUUCCCUUUUCUCAUUUCUAUGUACUUAAGGUACAUACAUUCAAUAUUAAUUUUUAUUCUACAAUAAUAUUAGUUUAAAUAUAUAUACUUACUGUAUUAUUAAUACGUACGCAAACAGCUUUAGACUAUGGGAACCUGCCAUUUGUUGAUAAUUGUGGGACUAUGAUUAAUGUUUCUGUCUGAUUCCAGGACAAGAUGUACACAAAAGAGCCAUUGCUUAGGGCCAACAAUAAGCCAAUCCAGGAUGGAUUGAUGCACUUUUAAGCCAAUACUAAGGAUUUGAACCUAGUGUGAAGAUUCGAGGUUACUGUGUUUAACAUUGUUAAACAUAGGCUUUCCUUUGUGUCCACACUUACUCUAAAAAUACAGACGAGUAUCCCCAAACCUUGGCUCCUGGUCCCUUUUCUGACUUUCAUAGUAUAAAUGCAUCAUUGCUUAGAUCAUUUUAAUUAGGCCCUGAUUCAAGGACCUGUUAGAGAUAUAUUUUUCCUUUACUUAGAAUUUUUACACAUAAGACUUUGAUAGUCUAUAUUUUAUCCAAUAUUUUCUUUUGUAUUUGGAUUUUCCUGGUAUCUUUUUAAUUUCUCUUCUCAAUUGAUUCAUAUACCUCAUACCUCAGCCAUGCAUCCCUGAGUGGUCCUGUGUUUUUCAAUCACCCACAACAUGGGGAAAUGUAAAAAAAAAUUAUUUUUUAAAUUGCAAAGUUUAAAUUCCUUUUAAGAAGAAUUUCAGGUAAACUAAGAUGCUACCUCUCUGAAACCAGAAACUGAACUGUUGGAGAAGACACCAUGAAGAUACCUCCAGAUUACAAGCUGCACAAAAUAAAUCCAAAUUGAACUUUGGGUGUAGUUGAUUGAACAUUUAUUUGUAUGUAUACUUUCAUGCCAAAGAGGACUUCCCCCUAACUGGCUUUUUGUCAAUGCGUCCAGCAAUUAUUGGUUUUGUUCUUUUUUUUUCUCUUAUCCUCAAAUUAUUGUAAUCCUUAAAUUGAUUAUGUUUUCAUGAUCCUUUGGGAAAAAAAAACUAUUUUUUUUUUCAAAUGAUCACACGGGGCUAUGUAAAAAUGGAGAUUUGAACUCUGGACUCCAUUCCCUAGAAGUCCUUGCUCACUUUCCAAAAUGCCUUGUAACCUCACCUGGGCCGAGAGCGAGAUGGGGUAUUUAACCUGGUUGUAAAGGCUUCUGUGCCUCUCUUUCCUAGUUCCGCUUCGGACAAGACGGGUCUUUUCAUCAUGUAGGUGAGGUUGAAUUGGGCCUCUUGGCCCACCUAGACACGUGCUUUCUUAUUUUGUAUUUUCUUUAUAUUUUAAUCUUCAAUAAACCUCUAAAAAUAUAAAAUCUCUAACAGAGAGAAACUAAUUUCUACCUGCCUCAGUUUCCCCAAAUUUUAACUAUUACACAAAUGACCCAACAACAAUAUAACAUAAGUGGAAUUCCUCCAAGAAAUAGUAAGGGUGCUACUGCCCUUCCAUGUGGGGCAGAAGGUGGUGCCUCUUAGUCUCUAUUGAUUUUGUUGAUAUUAAUUAACGCUUUUCAAUUUUGUCUUCCCUCUAAAUAGUAGCAUAGAAGAAGAAAUGGAUUUUUUAAUACAGUACCUCUGUUACUGAUUAUACCUUCUAUUGAUAAUGAAUAAUUGACUAUAUUGAUUGUAUUUAAGUAUUGAUUAAAAGACUUCCCUAUUGAUUAAUCUA